CUUUUCUAACACAACACAACAGCACAACACAACACACAAAACAUACCUACUAGAAGUAUCCAACAUGUCGACGUCAUAGAAUGACCAACAAAAGGGUGUCGCUUCCUUGUCGCCCGAGGACGGCAAUAAGCCCAAUGGUGAGGGUGAGGGUGAAAUCCCGCAGAGUCGGGUUGAGCGUGAGCUGAUGCGAUUUCGCCAGCUUAAAGACGACUUCUUUCAGUCUGCACCUGUAGUCAAGGAAGAGCCCAAGGCUCCCAGGCGCCAACGUGAGUUCACGCAGGAGUGCCGUCAAUUUCACUAUAACGGGCAUUGCUCCCGAGGUGCAUCCUGCGACAAAUUCCAUUUCGUGCCAUGGGAACUGCCCGGCCGUGAAUUUAGCGAUCACCCUGUGGAUCUCUUCUUCGCCAACUUCAAAGGGUUCGAUCAUCAGCGAACCAAGCCCUUUUAUGACGAGUUCUAUCGCAUGUGCGAUCACUUCGGCUGGUCUGAUGCCGAGGCCACCGAGCCCUGGCAUAAUUUCCGCAUCGCUCUUGUACAAGAGUUCACCUACGUCUUUGGAGAGAACGAGCGCAACCUGUUGAACUGGCAUAAGAUGUUCAAAACCAUUGGCUUGCCUGAGCCAACUUCUCUCAGCGAAGCAUACACAGUUAUGCGUCCAAUCCGUGUUGACCUCAUAGACAUGCUUGAGUCCAGUCGUACUGGUGAACCAGUCCAACGUUUCGAGGCUCUGGGGGGUCUUAGCCAUUAUUCAUACGUUCAAGACAAAAUCUUUGCCAAACCUCCUGUGUCUCCCAGACGCAAACGCAAGGGUCCCAAGCCUAAGACGUACUCAAGCGGUCUCUUGAAGAUGAUGCUUCGUGAGAUCUCUUUCAAAAACCAAUAUAAGGGGACCAGGCUCGGGGGCACCGAGCUGGGCCUGGAUGAUGGCGAUUCUGCAUCUGAAUCGCGUUAAGCUGUCUUCGGCCGCGCCCAUCAUCGUCACCAUUACCAUCAUCAUUUCUUCUUUAGUGACAGUCUUCUCUUCCUGCUGGUCAACACCUCAAACCAUCAAGCAGCUUCUUUCGCGCCAGUCAGAAAUUCUUCUUCUGGUGUGAGCCACAACUUCUUCAACAUUCUUCUUUCUUUGGCGCGAGCCACCCUUCUUCCUCUGUCUGAGGCCUGACACGCUUCACCUUACAACUUCUUUGGCGUGAACCACCCUCCUUCUUCUUUAGCGUGAGCUACCUUUCUUCUUAUUUUCUUGGCGCGAGCUACCCAACCUUCUUCUUCCCAGAAUUGGGACCUUGAGAACGCCUGAGAAGCUUGUGGUUUCGCAACCCAAGUGGAGGCACCAGAUCGAUGGCUGGCACCUUCACGUGGUGAUCUGGGUCAUUACAGAUGGUAUAUCCCCUAAGAAUCGACUCUUCGCUCCUCUUUUUUCUCGCAAGAACUCUUUUCAUUCUCCUGUCAAAUCCACUGUGCAAACAUUCUCAGAAAGGCUAGCAUUUCCUCAUCUUCCCUAUCCUGAAGAUCGAGACAAAAUAUACAGUGCCCCUCUUGGUCACAACAGAUGCCGUACUUGCGGUGAUCAUGUGCACUGAACUUGACUUGGCCCUGACGCAAGAUCUUUGAUAGAUGCUCAAAGUAGUCCUCAGGGUUGUUAUGUGUUCUAUGAAGCUCUGGGAGGGCCGUAUGGAUGAUCUGGCCAAAGAAUGAUGCCCCUAAUCAUAGUCAGUGCCAGGGGUCGUGUGGUAAUGAUGGCUGAUCUACCUCCUAUAACGGCAAAGAAUACCGUAGCAAGACUAUAGCCCCAGGCCUCUUGUGGCAUCUGGAUUGGUGAGUUUCCAAUCAGAAGGAAAGUUAUGAUAAGAACGGUAAGGCAGAUGGUGGUGAGCUCCAUGAUGUAAGUUUGAGAGUGUGUUAUUAAACAGAUAGCUUUCCUACAAAGAAGAAUAGAUACAUGGCACUGAGAAUCAAUAGCUUAUGCCAUUCCCACACAUCAAUCAUCAGUAUAAACAAAGA